AAGCUCAAGCUAAAAAUGAAACCCAAGUUUAUGUCACAGAAUCCUGUUUGGAGAAACCAUUUCGAUGUCCCCAUCCUAAAAUACAAUUUUUCCUAUACACUCGACGCACACAGGAUAAUCCCGAAUUUAUAGAUGUUCUUAACGAUAAUGCCCUAUACUAUACGCAUUUUAAUCCGCGACAUCCUACCAAAAUUAUAAUACAUGGCUUUGGUGGUGGUCGUAAUUUGAGUCCAAGUCCCGAUAUACGGCAAGCUUACUUUAGUAUAGGGGAAUAUAAUAUUAUUAUUGUGGAUUAUGGUUCAGCGGUAAAGGAACCCUGUCUCAGUCAAAUGGAUUGGGCACCACGUUUUGGUGGUCUUUGUAUAUCUCAGUUGGUGAAAUAUUUAGCCAGACAUCCGAGAGGGGUACAACCGGAUGAUUUACAUUUUAUCGGUUACAGUGUGGGUGCCCAUAUAGCGGGUCUGGUGGCUAACUAUCUAAAACCAGGCGAGGGUAAAAUGGGUAGAAUUACUGCUCUAGAUCCUACAAUAUUCUUUUAUGCGGGCGCCAAUAACUCAAGGGACUUGGAUUCAUCAGAUGCUCAUUUUGUGGAUGUUUUACAUACAGGUGCCGGUAUUUUAGGUCAAUGGCAUUCUAGUGGUCAUGCGGAUUUCUACGUAAAUGGUGGUACUCGUCAGCCCGCCUGUGUGGGGUCAGCUACUCUAUUUCAAACAUUGGCUUGUGAUCAUACAAAGGUUACACCCUACUUUAUUGAAUCGAUUACUACGAAAAAAGGUUUCUACGCCGGUCCUUGUCCAAACCUAUUUACCUAUCUGAUAGGUUGGUGUGAACCCAAGGACUCGGAAUAUGUGUUAAUGGGCGAACAUGUAUCACAUAAAGCCCGUGGCACUUAUUACGUCACCACCAAUGCCAAGCCACCAUUUGCUCGUGGUUUCCCCGGCAAAGGAAGAUCAGCUACCACGGGAGAAUAUCAGGGUGUACGAAGGAGACGUCAUCUGCCGGCAUUUUAAUGAAAAUGAUGAAAAGUGUUUUGUUAAAUUUCUAAAAUUUUAUUAAUUUUAGUUGAUCUAAUGUGAUUUAUUAUUUAGUUGAUUUAUUUUAGUAGGUGUGUACCUUUUAUUUGCAUUAAGCCAAUUUUGCAUAUUUAUUGUUAAACAAAUAAUUUUUUAAGCAAAGGAAAAAUGGAACAUAAAAAUGUUUUAUUUUAUUAAAAAUUAGCUUUUUAUAGAAGUAUUUGGUUUAAUUUUUUUUAAGUCACGAUAAUGAUGAUAAAUGAGGGAAAAAUAAUGAAAUUAUUUAACAUAGCUUUUUUUUAAAUUAAUUAAAAAUUUACAAGAAAAGUAUAUUUCUGGUAGAAUGUUCUUUAAUAACUAAAUUACUUUUAUAUAUUUGUAUAUUCUUUUAUUUUGAAAAUUUUCCAAAUAUUCUAAUAUUUAUUCUAAUUUUAUUUAUGUAUAUAAUUAUCAUCAUUAUCGUUUAAGAAAAAUAGGUAACAUUUAACGGUUACGGUAAUGUUUUUUAAGCAGCCCUCUAGCCAUUAAAUCAAAGUUAUUUGCAUUAGUUUUAAUAAUGAAAUAAAACUUUAUCUAAUCAUUAGUUAAUAUUUUUAUUAAAUAACUAUAAAAUUUAACUAUAAAAAUUUAAAAUUGUAAACUGUAUAAAGAAAACUUUAAAUAAAACUGAAAUCG